CCCCACGCACUCGUUCCAUCUACAAUCGUCUCGCUUUGCCCUCUCUCACAAAUUGACCACCGAGACAUCACUUUUAGACUGCUCCAAAAAAUCGACCACCGAGACCUCAGUAAUCACACAAUCGUUGAAGACCAUCACCACCGGAGGUCGUCUUUGCCGUAGUACCAACGGUGAAGCAUCUAUUGACUGUAAAUUGUGCAAACAGUGGCCAGAUCACUGAAAGCAUUGCAGAUCAUGGUUGUAGUGGCUUAGACCGCGAUGGUGAUAGCAUAGAUCAUCACUUCAGCGGCCCGGAUUGCGUUGGUGUUUUUUUUUCUCAAUUGUUGGAUGUGUUAGUGGUUUUUAUGUUAUGGUAGUUUGACGGUGAUGGUGGGGUGAGGCGGUGGUAUUAUUUGUGGUGAGGAAGGUCCGAGCGAAGAAAAACCGGUAGCAGGGAAGAACGCGAGAAGAGAAUCACAGCCGGCUUCUCAAGUAUGGUGUGGUGCAGUAACUGCGCAAAGAAUAUAAGCCGUCCGGAUUAUGUGGAGGGCAAAAUAUGUUGUUCACUUUGCGGGAGAGUUCUUGAUGAGGACAACUUCUCAAAUGAACCCACAUUUGUUAAAAAUGCAGGGGGACAGAGCCAAUUGUCAGGAAAUUAUGUGAAGACCAUCCAAAGUGAUUAUUCACUUUCUCGUGAAAGGAUUCUGAACGAAGCAUAUAAUGGUAUAGAAAGUUUGAUAUAUGCCCUGGGAAUAGAUGGUGGUGAUUCUAUAGCUCGGCCAGCUUUGGCCUUCUAUAAGAUUGCAGUUGAACGCAAUUUCACAAGGGGGCGAAGAAAAGAGCAAGUGGAGGCUUCUUGUCUUUACAUCGCAUGUAGGGAGAAUAAAAAGCCAUACCUUCUUAUUGAUUUUUCAGAACAUCUGAGGAUAAAUGUUUAUGUGCUAGGUGCAGUAUUUUUGCAGCUUUGCAAACUUUUAAGCCUUGAAGAGCAUCCGGUUGUUCAAAAACCUGUGGAUCCUAGCCUUUUCAUUCAUAGGUUUACUGAUCGUCUAUUUGGUGGAAGAAAACCAAACGUUUCAAGAACUGCACUUCACAUUGUUGCCAGCAUGAAACGAGACUGGAUGCAGACUGGGAGAAAACCAAGUGGGUUAUGUGGAGCUGCACUAUACAUAUCUGCUCUCUCACAUGGUCUCAAGUGUUCAAAGUCAGACGUUAUUAAGGUUGUGCAUAUUUGUGAAGCAACAUUAACCAAGCGGUUGAUUGAAUUUGAGAAUACGGAGUCAGGAGGUUUGACGAUCGAGGAGUUCAACUUGAAAGCUGAGGAGCUUCAAAAAGAAGGGCUUAUGAAAGCACCGUGUAGUGGGUCAAACACAUCAGAGACCACUGAAUUGCUCUGUGAACAUAAAGGCACUGGGAAACCUCCAUUUGCUCAUGGUCUUUGUGAAAGUUGCUACAAUGAGUUCAUAAAACUUUCUGGAGGCCUUGAUGGUGGAUCAGAGCCUCCAGCUUUCCAACGUGCAGAGAGGAAAAGAAUUAUGGCAAUGGAAGCUGCUGCUGAUAACACUGAGAAUCCAAGUUGCCUCACAUCGCCUAGCCCAGCAGAAAACAAGAGUAAAUGUUUAAAUGUACUCUCUCUCUCUCUCUCUCACACACACACAUCUGGAAGUUCUCUCUGCCCCCACCGUAAUCUAGCUCUAUCUAGGCAAAUUCUCAGUAGUGGACCCGUGCAGAGAGGAAAAGAAUUAUGGCAAUGGAAGCUGCUGCUGAUAACACUGAGAAUCCAAGUUGCCUCACAUCGCCUAGCCCAGCAGAAAACAAGAGUAAAUGUUUAA